AUGAACGAGACCGAUCCAAUCACAGAUGUCACCACUUAUCAGUUACAAAAAAUUCGAACUCAACUUGAGGAGCUGAAGGGUCCUACAGCCAAAAGACCAAAGCGUUCAAUCAACUGGAUUGGGUCAGCUUGGAAGUGGAUUGCUGGCUCACCUGAUGCUUUAGAUUGGGAUGAAAUCCUGCGGAGCCAAAAUGAAAUAAUAGACAACAAUAACUUACAGUAUAAGGUAAACUCUGAAAUUUUCAAGAAAACUGAAGAGUUAUUACAGGUUGUGAACGGGAUUGCAACGGCCACGAACGACGUCCUGGGACGUACUCACCAAGCCAAAUUUUCACAGGAGAUUCAGCACAAAUUGAUGAUUCUCAAGGAUGACGUUAGUGAAUUAAUACGGGCAUGUCAAAUGGCCAAAGCAGGCGUAGCAAACAGCAAUCUUUUGAAUAAAGAGGAAAUAAAUAGCCUAAUAAGCGAAAUCGAAGUCCUUCCGUACAGUAACGUCGUCGAAGCCAUUGAAUAUAGUGAACCAUCAAUCUACACGAACGGCACUCUUCUACUUUACGUGCUGUCCAUGCCAAAGGUGGCUCAAACGAGGUUUAAUCACUUGAUCACGCGCUCUAUUUUGAAGGAUGGUCAUAGAGUUGAUCUGAAGUACAAGACAAUCUUAAUUAAUAAACAGCUGACAUAUGGUAUUAAAAAUAGCUGUCUCCACCUCGCCACCGCCAUGGUCUGCAAGCAGGAAGCCCUAGAUUUAUUGUCCGAAGAUGAAUGUCUACCACGUCUACUCAAGGGUGGGCAAACAAGUUGCCGCUACGUAAUUGGCACGGAAACAACGGUUGAGGUGCUCAAGGAGGACACAAUAUUCUUGGAUAAUUUCAACAGCAGCAUAUGGUCAGGUAAAAUACCUAAACACUUAUCUGGCUCUUAUAUUCUGCAGAUGGAGAACGAGACUAUUACAAUAAAUAACCAAACCUACUGGCGUACUAGCAGCUCAGGCGUGCAGGUGCUCCCACCCGUGUUGUCCACCAUAACAAAUAGAAGCCUGGCAGUGGAUCUCAAUCUCGUCCACGAGAUGACCUCCGGAAACAUACGACUCUUGGGUUACCUGAAAGAUAAAAACAACUGGUUUGCAACAUCCGAAGCCCUAGGACUUAUUUUGCUAAUGGUCUUCAUUUUGCUAAUUUGGAGAAAGCUAACAACUGGAGCAAAACUUCCUGAGCUGAAUAUGUCGAUACUGCAAUCAAGUUCUCGGAACCGACCAAAAAACGUCACCUCUCCAAAUCAUGAUCUGCGGGACGCAGAUCUUUAG